AUGGAUUUGGGGAACAAUUUGUUGACUGGUAAUAUCCCUUUUUGGAUUGGAAAAAAGCUAUCAAAGCUUAAAAUCUUGAAUCUCCAAUCAAACCUGUUCAUGGGUAUGAUUCCACCGGAACUAUGUCAAAUCAAAACUCUUCAAUAUUUAAAUCUGGCAAAUAAUAAGAUAACCGGAAACAUCCCUCAUUGCUUUAGUAAUUUAAUUGGUAUGAUCAAGAGUGACAUGGAGUUGACCUACAAAAUUUAUAUAUAUGAAGAAAGUAUUGAAGCUUGCAUAAAGGGUAUUCAGCAAAAGUACACGAGCACACUUCCAUAUCUUAUAUCCUUAGACCUCUCAAGCAACAAAAUUAAUGGUGAAAUUCCUGAUGUGUUGAUGGACCUGGUAGCAUUGACGAAUUUGAAUCUUUCAAGAAACGAACUAAGUGGACACAUUCCCACAAUGAUCGGAAAUCUAAAGUCAAUGGAAUCUUUAGAUUUGUCGAUGAACAAGUUGUCUAGUCGGAUUCCUCCAAGUUUAGCUAGUGUGAACACUCUAGGCUAUUUGAACCUAUCAUUCAAUAAAUUAUCCGGUCCAUUACCAGUUGGAAAUCAUUUUCAGACUUUUGAUAAUCCCACUAUAUAUGAAGGGAACAACGGACUAUGUGGAUUCCCACUAUUAAGUUGCAAAGGAAACAAUUUAUCAUACACUCAUGUUGGUGAUGAUGAAGGUGAGAAUGGUUCACAAGCUUUCUCGUGGUUUUAUGCUGGUAUGGUUCCAGGAUUCGUUGUAGGUUCCAUAGGACUUAUUUCUAGCUUGCACUAUAAUAGGAAUUGGAGGGUAACUUACUUUGAAAUGAUAGAGAAUGUUUACGUUUUUGUAAUGGUUUCGAUCAAGUGACUUUUGCUCAACUAAGGAGGUAGUUUUUCUAAAUAUAUGUUUUGAUGUUGUGGUUUGACUAUUAAAUGUAUGGUGUUAUAUAUUUAAGCAUGUGGUCGUUUAGUGUGAUAUUUAUGGAUUCAAAGAAAUUUAUAGGAACAAAA